CCGACGGCCACAUCAAAUCUGGGGGUCUAGCGUGUGACCCUGUUAUUUCUAUCCUGCAAUAAAAUAGCUGUGUAAUCCUAGAUAAGUUCUGCAUUGUUAAAACGGUAAAAUAAAUAAUUGGUGGUGUGAUAUAUGUGUAAAAUAUGGAACGUGCAACAGGAACAGAAGUAUACGGGUGUGGCUCGUCCCAUUCGACGGACAUAACGCUAAAUAUACAAACGACAACGGGUGGUAGUUUCUCUAUUAGUGUGAACGGUAAAAACACAGUGGAACAUUUAAAAAAGCUCGUUUCCAAAAAACUAAAAGUGUCAAAGGACAGAAUAUGUCUUCUUCAUCGCGAAAGACAAUUGAGAGAUGGUACUCUACAAGAAAACGGCUUACUCGAUGGGUCGCGGGUCAUUUUACUUCCGAGUGUCGAGACGGGCCUUCUGAGUCAAAGGCCCGAAAACUCGGUGAUGCAAGCUCUGGAGUCGCUUAAUGACUCACAAGUCAAUGAUUUUCUGAGUGGCAAAUCUCCUCUAAAUUUGACCAUGAGAUUAGGUGAUCAUAUGAUGUUAAUACAAUUGCAGUUAUCAACUUUGAACUCUAGUUCAUCAAGUGGCUCUCGGACUUUAAAGACAUCCACAUCAAGUAAAAGUUCACAUAUAAGAAACAAGUGUGAUUCGAGGGACACUUCACAGUCAUCUCAUAAAUCAUCACAUUGUGAAGAAUCAGUUGGGCAGAGUGAUAGGAAUAAACAAGAAAAUCAGAUGACUAGUUUACAAAAGCAGGAUCUAGAUAUGUUACAGAAUGCCUUUGAUUUAUAUCGUACAAUGGCUGAAGAGAAAUUUGCAGGAAAAUCAAGUACAGUCAAAGAGGAACCGACAGAUACAUCAAAAUGUUCACUUUCAGAUUUGUCAGACACAUUAGAAAGUGAACAGUCUCCUAUUAAAUCUCUAUCUAAUUUGGUGUCUAGUCCAAUUGAUACAAAUACCUCUGAAAAUAGAGGUUUGACUGUAGCAAGUUCUGUCAAGAGUAGUUUAAUAGACUUAUUAUCGAGUAAUAAAUUACCAAUGGAAUCUGUGCCCUCAACCAGUGCCAUGUGUGAUAAAGUCUGUCCGACGACUUCACAUGUUUCAGACAGUUCUGUUAGUGAUGACAGUGACAAUUUCACUGACCAAAGUUCAUUCCUUGCCGAGAGCACUAUAGAUGAAUAUCCAAUGGAGAAUUUAUUUAACAGUGCCGUUGAUAAAGGCUUGUUCAAUGAACAGGAUGAGUCGAUGAUGGACAGGGAGAUAUCUAAUUUAGCCACCACAAGUCAUGGGACACAGGAGACACAAGCAACUUUGCCUUCAUUCCAAAGUUUGAACGAACCAUUAAAAAAUAAGCGUUUCCAGUAUCUUCUUCAUAAAACCUCAAAAUUUAAACACCCGAUUGGUCACAAUAAGCAGAAAGCUUUCAUGCAAUCUGUUGCAAAUAAGCACAAGAAAAAGAUUUCUCCAAUCAGUAGUCAGUCAGAUGCAAUUUUCUCACACCAAUCAACCUCUAGAAACGAAUUGUGUGCCAGUGCAAAAAAACAAAUCCAGUCAGAACAUAUAUCACUACCAUCUACUUCAAAACAAAUACCUUUUAGAGCUCCAGAGGCACCUAAAAAGCCACAGAGAGCAUCUCCCACUCCACCUGUUGAUACAAAAGCUCUGAUAGAGGCAUCAAAAAAUUUAACACAAAAAUUAAAGAAAUUAUCAAAGGAGGUACUAACCAACAAGAUUGAUCUCAAAACAGUGGAAUCAGUGCGCUCGAAAAUAGGUCCAGGGGCAGUGAUAGAAUCCAUGAAACACCAUGGGAAAGGAAUAUAUUCCGGCACAUUCUCGGGAACACUGAAUCCAGCUCUUCAGGACAGAUAUGGACGACCAAAAAGAGAUAUUUCUACAAUUAUUCAUAUACUGAAUGACUUGUUAUGUGCAGCACCGCCCAUUCCUUUACCACAGAAGGAAUCAAAACACUCUUGUGCAACUAUAAAUCUCGAUGAAGAUAAAAAAUGCCUAGGCUGCAGUCAACCAUCUUGUUCAUAUGGAUUAUGUGAUGGCCACCUUCCGUCUACUUCAAGUAAAAACUGUAUAUGCGAUCAUAAAACAUGUCAAUGCAAUCGACUAGACCCAAAUGUGUGCAUUUCAUGUGAAGGCAAAUCAAUACCUGGGGAAACUUGCAAGAAAUGCGAUAUGGCAAAGGCGUUAGCAAUUGAAAAUACAAAAACGAAAUGCAAACUUGAACAAUUAAGACUUGUCAUGCAGCAAAAGAAACAGAGACGGGAGGCCCGCAAGUUAAAAACUCUGCCGUAUACCACACCGACUAAAGCUAUAACAGCGACAGAGCAACAAACUGCCAUACAGGAAGAAAUAGAGACUGUUGCUUAACACCAAAUAAUUUUAUUAUAACUGCAUCUUGCUAGGGCUAGUGCACUCUCAAAAACUAAUGUUUUGAUUUACAGUUUAUUGUUAUUUUGAUUACAGUUAAAAUUAGUUUUGUAUUUGAAAACACUAAUGGUUCCAUUUAAAAUGGGCGUCCAGUGUGUUAACAUGCUUUCAUUGAGAGCUUGCAGAUUGUAUAUUAUAUCGUUACCUGUAUAUUUUUAAAAUUGACGAAUAUUUUUUUAACACUAAAAAUUCGUUGAUAUUACAACUUUUUAAAACUGCGCAUUGGCGAGUUACGUAGCUUUAUCGCGUGUUGCAUUUGAAGGUUGGCAACAAUAUAUAUAUUCUAAAUUACCAUAUUUAAUAGUUUGAUGAGUAGAAAUUAAGCGCUAUUAUGCAUGUACAAAAUAUGAAGGAACUAGCGAAAUCAUAGUUGAUAGUAUAACUAAUCGCGUAGGGUACUGAUUGAUAUUGCCUGGUGCGGCAGAAAUGAAUUUUUGUUGUUUUAUUUUAGAUUAUAUUUUAUUAUAUUAUUUUGGGACUGUCAAGUUUUAGACUCGUGUACCUAGUUAAUUUUUUUUCCAGAUCGAUGUUGAUUUAUGUACAUUUUGAAGGUUUUUGAUGUUAAGAACUUAAUUUUCACUCUUUUGGAGUAUAAACAUUUUCACGAGUAUAUUAAUUCUUCUACCAUUACACAAAUUUAGUAGAAAAUAAUUAGCACUGUUAUCUUUAGUUACUUUUUUGUUUUAUUAUUUCUUUAUUUUCCAAACUGUUGUUUUAAUAAAUGUUUAUUUUUCAUUAUACCUUUUUCUAGUUUGUUUUACUUUUCUUUGUUUUUACUAAUUUGUAAAUUAUUUACAAUGACUAAGAACACCAAUCAAUAUUUAUUGCAAUAAGAAGAUAAUAUUAUUACAAGCCUAUAAAAUGAUAUAUUAUAGUGCAUAACAAGCUUUGUAUAUAAGUAAUAAAUAGAUACAUAGAAACGCUUACUAUUUUCUUUCUGUUUGUAAAAACGAAAAAUGUACUUUAAAUUGUUGUCGCUACAGAACAUUAGCAAACCACUUUUAAUACACUAUUUAAUUUUCAAUAUUCUGUGGAUGUCGGAUAUUGUCUGAAAUAAAAGUUUUGAUGGAAUUUGAUUGCAUAGUGUGAAAUAUAUUUUAAAAUUUAAAUGUUAAUCUAGUGUUCCGUCAGUAACGGUAUAUCGAGAUGUGGUUUAUUUACCGCUAUAUUUUAUCUGGUAUUUUGUUAAGAAAUCUAUUUUAGUAAAACAGGGAUAUGAGAUCUAUUCUCUAGGGAUAGUUCGGAGAUUGUUAUAAAUCAACACGAUGUGGGGUUACGUCUUAGUCUUCCGUAACUUAUUUUACGUUGCAGUUGUACGAAUCCUACCUUGGCGAGGGACCAAGAGACAAGCUAAUAUAAAAACUCGAUUCCGCAACUGUUAUCAAAAGCAAUAAAGUUUUCCUUACAUUGCCGUUGAGUAACGCAAAGUGCCUAUUGAUGUGUAGUGAAGUAUACUUACAUAAUUAUAAGUGUUGUGCCAUAUGAAGUUUUUAGGUUCAUUAUAAAACAAUUUUAACAUGUGGCACCUACAUUACCCUUGUUUUGAUUCGGUUCUAACGAUAAGAUCUCAUGAAACAAUUGUAUAUACUUUUUUUUACAAUGAAAGACGCACUUAAAGUUGUAAUAACACUUUCGUUACCAUAUUUCCAUAAUCGUUUCGCUAUCCGACUAUUUCAUAUUUAAUGGCUAUUAUUUCACAGGGUUCAAGCAAAAAAUAGCAAAUUGUUUUUGUCUUUGUAUUUUGCAUGUCUAGUAAAGAGAAUAAAGUUACAUACUAAA